CCCCGGUCCGCACACGUGCACGAGGAAGUGGCGCGGUCUGUGGCCGUCGCGUUCGUUCUAGGCCCCGCAACGUGGAGCCAUGGGAGGCCUGGAAAAGAAAAAGUAUGAACGAGGCUCUGCCACCAAUUACAUCACCCGGAACAAAGCCCGGAAGAAGCUUCAGCUGAGCCUGGCUGACUUCAGACGGCUGUGCAUCCUGAAGGGCAUUUACCCCCAUGAGCCCAAGCAUAAGAAGAAAGUUAACAAGGGUUCCACGGCAGCCCGGACUUUUUACCUCAUCAAAGACAUCAAGUUUCUCCUCCAUGAACCCAUUGUCAAUAAGUUCCGGGAAUACAAGGUGUUUGUCCGGAAGCUCCGGAAGGCCUAUGGGAAGAGUGAGUGGAACACCGUGGAACGCCUGAAAGAUAACAAGCCCAACUACAAGCUUGACCACAUUGUCAAGGAGCGGUACCCCACUUUCAUUGAUGCUCUGCGAGACUUGGAUGAUGCCCUGUCCAUGUGCUUCCUGUUCUCCACCUUCCCCCGGACGGGCAAAUGCCACGUGCAGACCAUUCAGCUCUGCCGCCGCCUCAGUGUGGAGUUCCUGCACUAUGUCAUCGCUGCCCGUGCCCUGCGCAAGGUUUUCCUAUCGAUCAAAGGGAUUUACUACCAGGCUGAGGUGCUGGGGCAGCCUAUAGUGUGGAUCACACCCUACGCCUUCUCCCAUGAUCACCCGACAGAUGUGGACUACAGGGUCAUGGCCACUUUCACCGAGUUCUACACCACCCUGCUGGGCUUCGUCAACUUCCGCCUCUACCAGUCACUUAACCUCCACUACCCUCCAAAGCUUGAGGGUCAGGUCCAAGCAGAGACAAAGGCCAGCGAGGCCACUUAUGCCCUGGACUCCGAGAGCUCUAUAGAGAAACUGGCGGCCCUCAGUGCCAGCCUGGCCCGAGUGGUGGUACCUGCUGUGGAGGAGGAGGCCGAGGCCGAUGAGUUUCCUGCUGAUGGGGAGAUGGCCACACAGGAGGAGGAGCGCAGGAAGGAGCUCCAGGCACAGGAAAAACACAAGAAGCUCUUUGAGGGCCUGAAGUUUUUCCUAAACCGUGAGGUCCCCCGCGAGGCCCUGGCCUUCAUCAUCAGGAGUUUUGGGGGAGAAGUGUCCUGGGACAAGUCUCUGUGCAUCGGGGCCACCUAUGAUGUCACAGACUCCUGCAUCACCCACCAGAUUGUCGACCGGCCUGGACAGCAAACAUCUGUCAUUGGCAGGUACUACGUGCAGCCCCAAUGGGUGUUUGAUUCUGUGAACGCCCGGCUGCUCCUCCCUGUGGCUGAGUACUUCCCCGGGGUGCAGCUGCCCCCACACCUGUCACCCUUCGUGUCUGAGAAGGAGGGAGAUUACAUCCCACCUGAGAAGCUGAAGCUGCUGGCUCUGCAACGGGGAGAGAGACCAGAACACGUAAAAGAGGAGGAAGAGGAUGAGGAGGAAGAGGAUGAGGAAGAAGAGGAAGACAGUGAAGACGAUGGUGAUGAAGGGGAAGAAAAUGAAGAGGAGGGGGCCAGUUCCGAAAAGGAGGAAGAAGCCCAGCUGGCAGCCAUGGAGGAGCAGAGGCUCGGGGGAAAGAAGCCCAGAGUGAUGGCGGGUACCGUGAAGCUGGAGGACAAGCAGCGGCUAGCCCAGGAGGAAGAGAGUGAGGCCAAGCGCCUGGCCAUCAUGAUGAUGAAGAAGCGGGAAAAGUACCUUUACCAAAAGAUCAUGUUUGGCAAGAGGCGGAAAAUCCGAGAGGCCAAUAAACUAGCAGAGAAACGGAAAGCCCACGAUGAAGCCAUGCGAUCCGAGAAGAAGGCCAAGAAGGCAAGGCCUGUAUGAGUGCGGGAAGCCUGUCAGCGGGCUGAGGCCGACUUCCAGCAGCAGGACGUGGUGGGGCAAGCCGGGCUUGUGACAGACCAUCACCUGUUUUUCCCCACCCUCCCACCCCCAGCCAGCCCGGCACCUUUGAGCUGUCGGGCUGGGUGUGUGGGCAGCUCCAGCCUCUGCUGGGUGGAGCUGAGAAGAGCAGAGGAGGCCUCUGCGCCCAACCCAGUCCUGUGCUUGGAGGGUCUGCAGCAUAAGGGACUGGGGCCCUGACCCAGCCUUCUUCACCCUGGCUUUCCACAGCCCCCACCCACACUGGACCCAAUUCUCAGGGUACUGUAAUGGGGGAAUGGUAUAAAGCUUUUGUAUUAAAAGAGCUGAAUGUUA